GCAUCUUCAGUUUUUUGCCAACCGCCAUUAAACGCAAGAAGAAGAAGAAGAAGAGAAACAUGUCGGCAUCCCAGACGUCGACAAAGGAGCYUCCUGAAGAAAAUGGCAGUAAAACACCAACCGAGUUGUUUCCAGAGCAAAGAGAAGUAAAGAAAGAUGAGGCGACCUUCGCCUCGUCUGUCGCUGCCGACAACAUAGAGCCCGUGUGUGGUGAGCCGGCGCCGCAGCCUGAGAAGGAUUCAUCCAAGGCUGCUGAGGACGCAGAGAAACAGUCGCCCGAUUCUUCCCCGCUGACCAGACCUGCCGCAGGUCACGCAGCGAAGUCCAUUUCAUCCAUGUCUUCAUAUCCUUCUACGUCUUCCACUCUGUCGCCCGGUCGGGCAAAGAUGAGCGUCGCUGGACCUUCUACCAGCAAGUCCAUCCUYUCACCUGCUCCUUCAUCCUCCUCUUCCUCCACUACGGUUUCCCCGUCUCCUUCCGUCUCCCCCGGCCCGCACAAGAUCCACCGAGCCCGCAAGACCAUGAACAGACCUUUGAUAGGCCAGAUGAGUCAGGGUGAAGCUCCUGCUGCAUCAGGAUCCUCCACCGSUCUCACUUCUGACGCUGAAACUGUUGCUAAAAAAAGGAAACUGGGUCAUUUGUUUGAGAGUGAACCUGGAGGAGCUGAAAACCUUUCAGAGAAGACUCAAACUGUGAGUAAAAGCUGCUGGUCAGAGGAGGACGGAGGCAAAAAAUCUCAACCAUCCAGUCCAGCCAGGAGGGAUUCUGAAAAGUUGGAAAACGGAGGCGACAAAAAGCAGCAAACUACAGACACAGAAGAUCAGAGUUCGGAGUCAGAAACACGGAGAGUCCAGAGCAGAAACGAGAGCGAGGAGUCUGCAUGGCCGUCGGAUCAGAACAAAAACAAAAACUCACUCGGUUCUGUGGAAACAGAGGAAGCAGAGCGGUCUGGAGGGUACACAGAGGUGCCUUUGGGAGCUCUGGACAUCGCUGCUGCCGACAGUCUGACUCUUUCUCCUCAUGCUGAGGGAAGUGAUGCAGGAGACAUGGAGCACCUGGAGGAGCUUCCUCUGUGCAGCUGCAGGAUGGAGGCUCCUCGCGUGGACAGCACCAGUCACCGGGCCAGCAGGCAGUGCAUGGCUACAGAGAGCGUCAACGGAGAGCUGCGACCCUGCACCAGCUGGACCAUGAAAGGGGAAACCAUGCGUCCGUCCAGCCGGGUUCCCCUCAUGGUUCUGUGCGACGUCCAUCGCUCCCACAUGGUGAAACACCACUGUUGUCCCGGGUGUGGGUACUUCUGCCUCGCGGGCACGUUUCUGGAGUGCUGCCCGGACGAGCGCAUCACCCACCGCUUCCACCGCGGCUGCGUGACGGUGCUGAGCGGCGGGCGCAGCCGGGCCAACGGCGGCGGCCUGCUUUUCUGUCCCCACUGUGGUGAGGACGCCUCGGAGGCGCAGGAGAUCGCCAUCCCCUCCUCGGCCUCCUCUUCCUCUGCGGCCACCGUCGUCACCAUGUCGGCCUCGUCCACGACCACGCCCUCUCUGCCGCCGUCCGCCCCCACGGCUCCGUCCGUCGCUGCCUCGACGGGAGGGAUGAAGGAUGGGAAGAUGCCUGAAAGACCCGUCAGCGCUCGGAUGCGCAGCCACGGUUUGGAAACACCGGCGGUGGAGCAGCAGCAGCCUCCACAGCCCGUAGCCUCAGCAGUGACUGUAGCCGCCGCCCCCCCGGCAGAGGAGGGGGUGGACAGCGUGGGACCGUCGGUCUGCAUGCCCAACGGGAAACCGGUCAGCCCCAGCGCGCUUCCACCCGGGCCCAGCAGGGCGGCACUGCAGAAGGCAAUCCUCACACAGGAAACGGAGAGGAGGAAGAAACUGAGGUUCCACCCUCGACAGCUCUACCCUGCYGCCAAGCAAGGAGAGGUUCAACGAGUGCUGCUGAUGCUGAUGGAGGGCAUAGAUCCAACAUACCAGCCUGAGUCUCAGAACCGGCGCUCUGCUCUUCAUGCUGCAGCUCAGAGAGGUCUGCUGGAGGUCUGCUACAUGCUGGUUCAGGCSGGCGCCAACGUGGACGCCAAAGACAAAGACCAGAGGACCCCCCUGCUGGAAGCCAUCAUCAAUAACCACAUCGACGUGGCUCGGUACCUGAUCCAGAGCGGCGCCUGCGUCUAUCAUGUGGAGGACGACGGGUACACCGGCCUUCAUCACGCUGCCAAGUUCGGAAGCUUGGAAAUCGUCAAAAUGCUUCUGGAGACGGGGCAGGUGGACGUGAACGCUCAGGACAGCGGUGGCUGGACGCCCAUCAUCUGGGCCGCGGAGCACAAACAUGUCAACGUGAUUAAAACGCUGCUGAACAGAGGAGCUGACGUCACCAUCAACGACAAG